AUGUUCGACGUGGCGCGAGACAUCACCGAAGAGAUGUCGUCCCUCCGGUACGAGGGCCGCGCGUGGAUAUGGUCACGUGUCCAAGGCUCCAGGGAUGUUGACUACCAGAUGUCUCGACAACCGCUGAUAAUGGACUUCAAGACGUGUACUUAUCUCUUCGGCGGAGCCUCGUACCACGUUCACUCCGAAAACGAUAACUCCAAGUUCUCGCACAUACUACCGGGUGUUCACGACAUCGAUCUCAUGUGUCAGAUAAUCAGCGUCGAUACCGAAACCCCGGGGGUGCCCAGGACUGACCAGGUCAGUCCCUUUGAUGAACACGUAAUGAAGGAUCUCAUGUCCAGGGAUAACGAAGAUGUGCUACAUCAACCCGGAGCCGCCCCGUACAUAUUUCGAAAGAUGAUAGACAGGAUGAAGAGACGCCUCGAGUCUGUCCGUCCAACGAUGUACUACUACCGCAGGACGGAUUCCGGGUCGGACCCAGACGAGAUAUUGGUCGUCCCUUCGUCCAUCGGCGAAAGGGUCGAGGGGAUCUUUUACCAGGAAAUUGUGAACGACAUAUUCCGCGUUCUUGUUGCACAAGAGGCCGACGACAUAAAGGUUCAGAUCGAGGUGACCGUCCAGAUGGGUGACUUCACCGGCCACGAUCACGUGUUCGAGAUCGUCAUUCCAAACAAGCUCAUGCGCGUCCGCAGCGACUGCGACGAGCUCGUCAAUGUAGACGGCAUCUUCCUCGACACGAAACGAACGCUCUUUCAGAAAAACAUGAUCUCCGCUAUACACAGGAGAUACAUGGCAGAAGCCUUGGUUGGCGUCGAAGGACAGGAGUUUGAGGCUCUCCACGCUUUCGGGAAGUGUGCCCUCGAUAUACUGAGGCUGACGUACAUCAUCCUCACGGACCUGGAUUCCGAUUCUCCUUGGGUAACGACCCCUAUUGACGUACACAGGUUGAAGUGGAAUUUGUUCGUAGAAAUGAGGAAAACUGCAGAUUUUGUCCAAAGGACGCCGAUAGAUUACUUUGUUGAGUACAUGGAGUAUCUGGCACCCUGCAUCGACCGAUCGGGCGUGGGGGCGUUCCGUCUUGAGCGGAACCCUGUCUCGUCCGAAUUGAUGGCGGAAAUACUGAGACUUUUUUCUAAUUUUUCCUCGGAAUUUCUGGGGAGAGAAACAGCGAAGCUGGCCAAGACCGUUCACGACGCCUCGGAGGCGAAAGGUCUGCUGUUUAAACCGGUUGACCUCCUGGUACGCCAGAUCCCACCCCACAAAAGAAUGAUGGAAAGGAUGCAGACGAGGUACAUGGAGGAUUGGUCCAGCAGGGAUUUCGAAGUACGUGCGGAGGUACACAGGUACCCGCGGGAGUUCCACGGGGGUCUGUUUCAGAAGAGGGGGAGCAAGAUGUACGUCACCCUUGAUGACAACCUUCGCCAUGUCGUAGAACGCUACUAUGUGAAGGGCACCAGGAUAUAUUUCGACCUAGACGAUGGAAGACGUGUCAGCGUCGGUUCUUUCGAGUUCAACGGCAAGGUUCUGGACGCCAUCAGGUUACAAAGCAUGUGA